UCAAAGCUCUUUGCAAGCUGGAUAUUUUCACAGUUAAUUCGCUGGUCAUAGCGCUGGUACUAGAUACGGCCAUGCGGAGAUCAAAAUGUGGGUGGAUUUAUAUGUGAUUUUCCCAUACCUGGAUGUGCUAGCCAUGUAUGAAAGUGCUAGCCAUGUAUGAAAUUGCUAAUGUUAGCUGCUUUGACAGCUCUUCUGCUCAUAAGUGCCGUUAUCCUCCUGCAAGCAGCUCAUGCCGACCCUGCAAUAACGAGCUUUGCUUCACACCAGCUCAUGGGAUGGGAAUCAAAGGGUGAUUCAUGGAAACCAAUAACCUGUGAUCCAGGACAUACAUUCACAGUCUCAGAUGGCUUUGUCAGAUGCUGCACUGAUGUCAAUUCUAACUGUGCCUUCGUCACACGCUGUUCGAGCAAUAUAAUGUCCUUUGCCGAUAGGACACAGAAAUGUGCUUCCGGUCAGACUUGUGUGACUAUGACCAUAUAUGAAACAUUCUCUCCAAAUGCAGCAUUUGUGAGGGAUCUGUUUUGCUGGGAUGGAUGGAGCGCAUUUACCAUCUUUGAAAAAACCCCUUCUACUGCUGCAACCACAGCAACAGCUACGCCUCCGGCCCAAAAUACCCCUCCUGCUCUAUUAUCUACGACUCUCGCUUCUGUUGGUCGUACAUCGUCUGCUCCUACUGCAACCUCUACUUCCACGUCGCCCGACAACUCUUCUCAAGAAUCAGAUGGGGGUAAGGCUUGGGUUGCCGGGACUGUGAUCGGGCCCGUUGUCGGAUGCGUCCUCGUCGGCGCACUAGGUUUUUGGAUUGGGCGCCGCCGACAAAGGAAAGAUACAAUUCCGAUGGCAAUAGAUCCUAGUCAAUACGCAGAGAGUUCCCACGCCUAUGGAUCGAAACCGUACCUACGUAACCCGCUUCAGGAACUCCCCGGCAGCCAAUUGACGCCGGCCGCGGAGAUGGAGGCUUCAGGAUCCGGAUUGAAGCCCCGGUGACACCGAGCCGCCUAAUAGAACAUCAAAGAUGUACGGAGUAUAAAGAGCCUGGAACUAAUUUUGCCUAAUAUACGUCAUUAUGGGAACGAAAAUCGAAGCAAUCAACCGAAAUCUGACGAUAUAUACGAAACGUGACGGCCAGAAAAAGGGCCCUCUACAUCUCUGCCUCUUGGGAGUUACAAGUUAGCUUACAGGAUACGGAGUACACUAUACUUAUAUACCCAUCCUUUAGAAGCCAAAAGAUUAUGAAACAUCACUUAUUUAGGUCUUAGAGCAAAUUGAGAAUUCGACUUUUCCUGCUCGUCUAGAACUGGGAGUUAGGGAUAAUAACCAAACGUCCGGUUCGGGCUUCGUCGAAAGAAGAGAGAAAUCGCCCCUUGGCUUGGUCGGUGCAGGGUCCAGCGCAGCCGAGGCGUUGCAGCCUGCAGGGCCCUGCAGGGGCUGAAGAUUGGGCCAAAUCUACAUAUGCCUGACAGGGUCUGACCACAUCAAGCAGCGUCAUAGGCUUGGACGCUUCAACCAAAAGAGCACCGCCCCAGUGAUAUUUUUAUCUGUAACCCAUGUCGCAGUGCUCAUCGCACCCAUAGAGAGUAGACGUGCCAGGC